AUGGCUUCUGAUAAGCUCAACCAUCCCACCGUCCUUCAGAAGGCUGCUGGGCAGCUUCAUCUUCGCUCAAGCUUCUCACAAGAUGUGCUGGCCCGAAACCAUGGUUUCUAUGGACCUGCUCUGCACGAGAGGAGUUUCUCAAGCGGCAGGUACACUAAUGGGGCCCUUCAGACUCCCCUGAUGCAGUCGUGCAGAGCCACCUGCGACCUCUCUGCCCUGGCUCCGGCAUCCCCUGUGUUCGUCAAUGCACCUUCAGAGAAAGGAUUGGCCGCCUUCGCCACUGAUUUUCUCAUGGGUGGUGUCUCUGCCGCCGUGUCCAAAACCGCUGCCGCCCCCAUCGAGCGUGUGAAGCUUCUCAUCCAGAAUCAGGACGAAAUGAUCAAAUCCGGUCGCCUUUCUCAGCCUUACAAGGGAAUCGGCGAAUGUUUCAGUAGAACUAUCAAGGAUGAAGGUUUUGGAUCACUGUGGAGGGGGAACACAGCUAAUGUCAUCCGUUACUUCCCAACCCAGGUUCGUCCGAAAAAUCUUAUAUAUAGUUCAUAAAUAAUUCUAUCAGUAAUCUAUUUGAGUAUUCAAUCCUUUUUUGCCGAUGCAUGCUUUCUGUUUCAACAGGCCCUGAACUUUGCAUUCAAGGACUACUUCAAGAGGAUGUUCAACUUCAAGAAAGACAGGGAUGGUUACUGGAAAUGGUUUGCCGGAAACUUGGGCUCGGGAGGUGCUGCCGGUGCCUCCUCCCUGCUCUUCGUCUACUCUCUCGAUUAUGCUCGGACUCGGCUGGCGAACGACGCCAAGGCUGCAAAGAAGGGAGGGGAGCGGCAAUUCAAUGGCCUCGUCGACGUCUACCGGAAGACCAUGAAGACCGAUGGCAUUGCCGGCCUCUACCGAGGCUUCAACAUCUCCUGUGUCGGCAUCAUCGUCUACCGAGGCCUCUACUUUGGAAUGUACGAUUCGCUGAAGCCGGUUUUAUUGACCGGAGAUCUCCAGGUACCUGCAUAAUUUUUUUUCCUCCUGAAUCAUUGAAUGUUCGUUCAAUUGCUCUCUUACUAAAGUCAAACCCUCUCGUUCUCAUGAUUAUUAUUACAGGAUAGCUUCUUCGCUAGCUUUGCCCUCGGGUGGCUGAUCACCAACGGCGCCGGCCUGGCGUCCUACCCGAUCGACACCGUCCGCAGAAGGAUGAUGAUGACCUCCGGCGAGGCUGUCAAGUACAAGAGCUCCUUAGACGCCUUCUCGCAGAUCCUGAAGAACGAGGGCGCCAAGUCCCUCUUCAAGGGUGCCGGUGCUAACAUUCUCCGUGCCAUCGCUGGUGCCGGAGUGCUCGCUGGCUACGACAAGCUGCAGCUGGUCGUCUUCGGCAAGAAGUACGGCUCCGGCGGCGCCUGA